AUGGCAUCAAAGCAGGCAUCUCCCUCAACAGAGGAGCAGGCUUCCUCUGAAAUAGAUGAUCUCUGUCUAUCGCUGCAAGCGCAGCGAGAGUUUACACAGAAGAAAACCUUCACUAGCUGGAUAAAUUCAAUACUGGCAAAGCAUACGCCUCCUUCUGUUAUCUCAGACUUGUAUACAGACAUACAGCAAGGACAUUUGCUUUUGGAUUUGUUGGAAGUGCUUUCAGAUCAACAUCUGCCACGGGAAAAAGGAUUUAAUACCUUCCAGUGCAGAAGCAACAUAGAAAAUGCUUUGACAUUUUUAAAGAGCAGAUCACUCAAGCUCAUAAAUAUUCAUGUUGCUGACAUUAUUGAAGGAAAACCUUCCAUUGUGCUUGGCCUAAUUUGGACAAUUAUAUUUCAUUUUCAUAUUGAAGAACUUGCCAGGACACUUGCUUGUACUUACAAUCAGCCUUCACUUGACUGUUCAAGUGCUGUUGACUCCUCUCCAAAGGCAAGCCGAUCAGCCAAAAAAAGUGCUAAGAUUAAGGAACGGUGGAAGCUGUCUGCUACAAAGGCUCUUUUGUUGUGGGCAAAAGAACAAUGUUCACUGCACGGCUCUGUCAAUGUGACUGAUUUCAAGUCAAGUUGGCGAAGCGGACUACCAUUUUUAGCCAUCAUCCAAACCCUACGACCAGGUCUAGUGGAUUUGGAGAAGGCAAAAGCUAGAAGCAAUAAAGAAAACCUGAAAGAGGCUUUCAGAAUUGCAGAAGUGGAGCUGAAUAUUCCACGGCUUCUUGAACCUGAAGAUGUUGAUGUUGUGAAUCCAGACGAAAAAUCGAUCAUGACUUAUGUGGCUCAGUUUUUGCAGUACUCCAGGAAUUUGCAUGAGUCCGAGGAAGACAUGCAGGAAAAAGUAAGAGAGGCCAUGAGCUGGUUGGCUACACAGGAGAAGAAGUUAGCAAAGUUGCUGAUAGACACAGAGAAUGAAACAUAUUACCAGAAGUACAAAGAAAUGAUGUCAUUUAUGGAAGCAUUUAACCAAGAAAAAAAACCCUUUCUACCUGUGUUGUCAUCAAAAAGGAGUGAAGCUGAGCUGAGCGAAGGCCAGCAGCAGAUGAGAGAAGAGUGGGAUAAACUGAUCUCUCAGAUUAAUGAAUGGAAAGUGAAGCUGGACCAGAUGUUGCCCUCCCCUCUGGAUAGCAUUGAGGCCUGGCUUCAGGAGGUAGAACAUCUGCAGGCAGAAGAUUUGCCUGAUUUGCAGGACCCGUUUAAAGCAAUGUUUGUCUUCAAAGAAAUAAUUAUAACAUUUAAGGGCUUGAUGGAUUGUUUUGAUUCUCACUUGGAAACCCUCCAAUCAUUUAAGAAUGAAGAUGAGAAGAAUACGCCACUAGUCUUGCCUGAAAAGUUAGAGGAAAUGAAAAGAAGAUUCAGCAAUAUUCGUUUCACAAACUCCAACACCUUUCUUGAAUAUCACUAUGGACUGUGCUCAGCUAUUGCCAAUGAGGUGAUGUUAAAGCUAAAUAUCUGGGACAUGAAAUACGGGACAAAAGAGUCUGUGGAAUCACUACUGCAAAACUGGAACAAAUUCGUUGAAGAAAAGAGACUUGAAACACAACUAGAAACUGCUACUCAGAUCUGUGAAGAUUUGAAAAACAAAAACAUAAGCAAUCCUGACUUAGCUGGAGAUCCUCAAGAAAUUAGCAAACUUUUUAAGACAGUGAAGUCAAAGAUUUCUGUGUGCAGAGACUAUAUUUCCAAUGUAAAUACUACCCUACAGAAAGUCCUGUCUUCUUGGAGUAAUUACACAGAAAACGUCCACUUACUAAAGACGUGGCUGGAAGAAAAACGAAAUGAGCAUCCAAAAGAGAUCCCUGCCGAGAUCGUGGCGAAGUGGAAUUCAGUUCAUGGUUCCUUAAAUGAAGCUGGAAACUAUCUCAUCGAAGUCAGCAAAGAGCAAGUUGGAUCAAAUAUUGCCAAAGAGCUGAAGAAACUUAACAAGAGAUGGGCUAAGUUCAUCAAGAGGACACACUUUCUUGGUGAAGAGAGCACAGAUGCUGUUGAAAAGACCAGGGAGCUUCCAGGGAACCUGGAGAAAAUUGAGGAGCUCCUUGGAAGGGUGGACAGCUGGGCAGCAGAGAUUGGAUGCCUGCUUGGCGAGAUCAGUCACGAGGGUCGUAUGCAACGUGAGACGGAGGAACAUUUGCAGAGCUUGGCUGCAAGGGGAGCCUCGUGCCAAGAAGACAUUGUGGCAGCAGAAGAGAUACUGCAAUCCCUGACACAAAGUGUUUCAAGUCAGGUGUCCCAACAGCAUUCUCACACCACUGGGCUGCAGGCACGAGUUAAAGAAGCCAGAGGCAAAAUAGAGGCUUUCAUGGGUGACAUGAACAACAUCUUGUCCAAAUCUGAGAAGACACCUGCAGAGAAGGAGGCUUUGCUCAACUUUGAAGAAUCCCAGAAAGAACUUGAGGCCUCUAUUUCAAAGGCUGUGCAACUUGUCAGUCAAAAAUUAAGUCCUGAAGAAUGUAUUUCAAGAUAUGAGGAAGCUUUUAAUGCUUUGGACAAUAAAGUUCUUGACAAAUUUUUGAAAGCAGCUGAACAACUGAAAAAUGUUUCAUCUGAUGGCGAAAAGUUGGUAGUGGAAGAAAAGAGUAAAGAUGUUCGUAAAAGAUGGGAGGCAGUUCAUCAUGAAAUAGUAUCCUGUGUCCAGCUCAUAGUAGAAAGGGAAAAAAAGAAAUUUAAUGCAACUUUAAAAAAAAUCAAUAAGCAGUUAGGCAAAGAGAAGAAACUCCUAAAUAUGGAUAAAACCAAAGGGCUCGUCAAGGAACAUGAGGCCUUUUUUUCACAGGAAGGCAGCCUGAGGGAACUUAGCAAGUCAUUAGAAGACCUUAAAAAAUUGAGAAGGCUGUCAGAAGAAACUGUCCCAGGCAUACAAACACUGACUGCAGACUGUGAACAGAAGCUGGAAAAGCUUCAGCAAAUUAUGUCAGAUACGUACAGGGCCCUGCUGUCUCAUGCUGGAAAAGGACAGUCAUCUAAGAAAGAGAGCUCCAUUGUUGCUUCUGAAAAUGGAGAAGAGCCUGGUUCUUCUCAACAAAUUGAUACCCUUUCAGUACAGGAGAGCUCCAGACCUGCUGCAGAUACAGUUUUGGAACCAGAUGUGAAACAUCACAAUGGAGGAAGCUAUGCACAGAAAUUUGAGGAAAACAGUGAUUUGCCCAUACCAGCUUUAUUAGAGAGCUACAACACACAGAGAAGUAACCUGGAGGAACUUUUGCAAAUCAGCAGAGAUAAAGUAGCAUCUGGUUUUAGUGAUGAAAUAAAAGGCACUUCAUGCCUUCAGAAUAAGCUGCUUGAACUACAGGUGAUAGAAAGCGAAACCAAUUCUGGUUGGACACGAUUGGAAAGCAUCUCAUCUGCCUUAGAAGAUCUUGUGGAUGAAGUGCAGCAGGCUGUUAUCUCUGAGAUGAAAAGCAAACUAAAAGGAGAAUGGAAAGAGCUUCAGGAUAUUAUGAGUACCAGAACAAACUCUUUAAGGACUGCUUUGGAAAUUGUUUUGCCAAUAGAAAACGAAUCCAUUCUUCUAUGUGAAUUAGACCAGCGACUGAAGAAAAAGGACAUCCAGCAGUUUAAUCUCAUGAAUAGUGAUCUUGCUUAUAGGGAACUGAAGGAGCUACAGAGAUCCAUAUUAAAUCAGAUUGAAGUGUGCAAACAAUUGGAACACCUAGAUAGUUCAGCAAGAGAUGAAUUUAAUCCAAUAGAUCUGCAAGCUGCAAGUAAAAUUAUGAUUUACUAUCAAAACCAGCUUGAAGAAAUGAGCCAUAAAAUGCAGAUCCGUGAGACAGUCCUUAAAGAUCUGGAAGCUUUUAUGGCCUCAUUGAGGAAGAUUCAGUCUUCCAUCAAAUGUCUCACAGAUCUCUCAGGUCAACCUGAAAUACAGGGAAAAGCAGUGAGAGAGGCGGCACAGGAAGUUUGUCAUAUGGCAGAAGAGGCUAAAUGUUUGGAUGAACGCUUGAAAACAGUUGAUAUCUGUUUGGAAGAUGCUGAAUGUGGAAGACAGACUUGCUGUGAAAACCUUGUUCAGACUUUAUCUGAAGAACUAAAUGCGACUUAUGAUCUCCCAAGUGAACAGAUGCUUACAGAGAAAAAAGACUUGUACAAGAUUUUUUCCACAAAAAACAGUGAGCUCCUUAAAAACAUUCAGGAUCUACGUGACAGAAUUAACAAAAUAGGCUUGAAGGAUCCAACAAUUCCAGCAAUUCAACAAAGGGUAAAAUCAUUAACAGAAUUGGAAAAGGAAUUGGAUUGUGCUGCUGUUGAAAUGAAACCUAUGCGAGAAAUUGCUAACAAGCUCCCACAGAUCAAAGAGGAAGAAGCAGAGGAAGCAAAUGAACAAUGCAGAGUUACAGAGAGGUUAUGGGAGGAUACAAAACUCUUGCUUGCUGAAUGCCAGGAGCAGUGUGCAAGGGCUCUGGAGCUCCUGAAGCAGUAUCAAAGCUACAAAACUAGUCUGACCAGCAUCAUCCAGAAACAGGAGAUUUUGCUUUCACAGCAAACUUCUUACAUGGGGAAGGAGAAUUUGAACAGACUAAUAACAAAGAUUGAAGAGGCAAAAGAGGAAUUUAAUAAUCAUUCUGAAGAUGUAGACAAAAUAAACCAGAUCUGCAAAAACCUUCAAUUCCAGCUCAAUAAAAUGAGAAGCUUUGAGGAGCCUCCGUUCGAGAAUGAGGCUAACAUUAUUGUGGACAGAUGGCUGGAUAUCAAUGAAAAGACUGAAAACUACUGCGAUAAUUUGGGAAGAGCUCAGGCUUUGUGGGACAAACUUCUUAGUUUAUCUGGCACAAUCGACGCUUGGGCAAGUGCAGAACUUAAGAACGUAGAAGACCGUUGUCUGACUGAAGAGGACCUCACGCAGCUGAAGGCAUGCUUACGAGUCCAAGAGCAGAAACUCCAGAAAUUUGACAACACAGUGGCUGAGAUAGAAGAACUUCUGAAUAGUAAUGAACCUCCGCUGGAGCUACAGGUCAUCAGAUCAUCUGUUGUGCAAAAAAUGGACCUAAUCAAAGAGCUCUUUUCAACGAAGCGGGGGAUCAGUGAACUCAGCGUGAAUACAGCAGAGUUAAAAGGAGACCUUGAUCUGGCCAAGACACAGAUUGGAAUGACUGAAUCACUUUUAAAAGCUUUAUCUCCUUCUGACACCUUAGAGAUCUUUACUAAAUUAGAGGAGAUACACCAGAAAAUUCUGCAACAAAAACACCAUGUGACAUUACUCCAAGAAGAGACGGAUUGUCCUGAUGUGGAUGAAUUAAAUAAGCAGCUUAAAUGUCUCACUGAUUUAUUUAAUAAGAAGAAACAUGUGUUUCAAGAUCACUUUAUCGGUGUUUUGAACCGUCAGUGCAAGAAUUUUAAUGACUGGUUCAGCAGCACUCAGCUGUCUUUGAAGGACUGCUUUGACCCCUCAGAAACAAAACUGAUACUGGAAGAAAGACUGCAGAGGCUAAAGCACUUCUUAACAUCUGAAGGCAAAGACCGAGAUAUCCAAGAGGUUAAAACUUUAUUGAAUAAAGUGAAGCAUUACCUGCCCAAAGCAAGCAUUAGCCACCUCAACGGCCGUGUGAGAGAUCAAGAAGCAGAACUACAAAGAUUAAUCUCCAAAUGUCAGAAACGGGAAAAGGAACUCGGUGCUUCUCUCCAGCAGCUCAGUAGCCUUGAAGAAAGCAACACUGUCUUGGAAGAAUGGCUCACUGCUCAGGAAGGAAAACUAGAAGAGAUUAAAAAAGAUGAGACAGAACUUGAGAACUUCUAUAAAACACUAUUAAUGCAGAGAAAACCGUUUGACUCCAUGGUUCAGCUAGCAAAUUCCUUGAGGGAGGCCGGGCUGAAGGAAGAUAAAACCGUUUCAGAAGCCAGUGACCUUAUUAGUAGAUACCACACACUGAUUACAUGUAUAAGUGAAAUGGCAGGGAACACUGAGAGACUUCCAGUGGAAGGACAGAACUUUGAAGAACUUGCCCAGGAUGUUUCUUGCUGGAUCAAAAAGUUCGAGGAGGCUGUUAAUAACUUGAUUUCACAGGAAAGUGAGUUGGCAUCAGACGAAAAGAUUAAUCAGAUAAAGGAAAUCACAGCCCUCAAAGAUGCAGGAGAGGCCAAAAUACAGAACAUGGUAGCUCUGGGAGAAACUUUACUGAGAAAUGAGAAAAAUAAGAAGCCAUGGGAAAGCAUCUGUCGGUUAGCUGCUGAGUACAGAAGCCCUCAAGAGCAACCUCAGUUCAACAUGGAGCAGUAUGAGCAAAGCAAAGAAGAUCUGAGACUGGCUCUAACUGAACUGGAGAAACAGCAACAGGAGCUUGGUUUUGCCCUUCAGCCUGGUUUGUGGGAGAAGCAAGCUCAGCUGACAAACUACGUCAACCUCCUGCAGAAGGCAGAAGACUUAACUUCCCGAUUUAAUGAAUUGAAAAGCCAGGAAGAUCACCUACAGGGUCACUCUGAGGAUCCCUGCUUCACAGAGGUGGAAUGGUUGGAAUUAAAGCACCAACAUGAAAAUCUGCUCAGCCAGCUGCAGACCAUAGUGCAGACAUUGGAAAGUCAUGUUCAACAGCACCAGCAGUUUCAGGAUAUGGUAGCAGGCCUGAGCACUGAGCUGAAGACUGUCUCUGAGAAGCUUGCUGGUUGUGAAGGUCCAGCAAUGGUACAACCAUCAGCUGAGCAAAACCAGUUGAAAUCACAGGAACAACAAGCACCUCUUAGUCGAUGCGAAGACACGUUAAAGAAGAUUUUGAUUUUAGCAGAAACUGUUAAACAAAACACCUCUUCACAAGGACAGAAGUUUAUUAAAGAUGAGAUUGAAACACUUCAGAGUGAACACAGGAGUCUGGAAGAAAGACUUGAAAAUGUCAAGCAAAAGGAGGAAAGUAUUUCCAGUGGAGCCCUUGAGUUAAAAGAUGAGUUUGGUAAUGCAAUACAAAUGGAAGCUGAGGCGGAUACAAGGCUGAAGAGAGAGAUACAGAUCACUUCUGAUGCUCCUGUCGCUGCAGAAGAGAGCCCCAUAGCAGUGGAGUUAAAGGAGCCUUUGGAAAUGCAUGAUGGUCAAGAUGUGAAUGGAAAUAUGUCCGAGAAAGAGAAGCAGAAUGAUCCACUUUCUGAGGAAAGCAGUUUAUUGUCAGACAGCCCACUACAGGGGAUCUGUCAGAGCAAGGACACAUUGAGGCAGACCGUUCAGGGGGAAGCUGGUAAAGAGAGCCCAGCUAUGGACAAACGUGACAAGGCCCAAGAGGAUGUUCUGGACAAUGCGGUUCAGGGUGGUGAAGCAGACCUGGAAAGACGUCAGUAUGGUGUUGGUAUUGAAGGUGAUGAAACAAGAAAGGAAACCCAUCCAGCAGAGGAGAAACCUAGCGAUGUCAAGAAUCAGUCGUAUAGAGAAGAUGUGGAUCAGAUUCAACAAAGGGUGUGCCAGAAAAGUCGAGUCCUGAAACCUGCAGCAGCUGAGAAACAUGGUGUGGAACCUAAUCCCCCAGUUUCUGCCUAUGAGGAUGCAGAUACGGAAGUGGUUGUCCAGAAGGAACUAUUUCCUGGAGUGCAAGUAAACACUGAAUAUUUUGAAGAGGAACAAAAGGUCAACAAGCUGAAAAAUGAAGUGGCUGAACUGGAUAUCGUGCUCAUAAAUGAACAACUAAAAGAGCUGGAGAAUUUACAAACUGAACUGGAAACAUGGAAAGCAAAAUCUUUGUGUCAUAGUCAAGAAGCGUUUCCCAAUGCAACAGGAUCAAACAGAGCAGAGCUGCAAACCACAGAGCCUGUGGUGCCCUGCUGGGACAGGCUGCUUCAAGAGCUAGCUGCUGUUAAGGAAGUGAAGCAACAACAGUACUGUUUAAUUAAUGAGUACCAGAAAAAUCUUUCUGCUGCGCAGUCCUCAAUGAAAAAUUUGUCAACAGAAAAAGAUAACAUAAAAAUGGGUCCUAUGAACAACACCGUUCUUCUGGAGAAAAUUAAGGCAUGCAUAGAGUCCUUACAAAAAGAAAGAGAUGUCUUAAACCAGUUGAAAACUCAGCAAGAAAGUUUAUCUGAGCAUUUAACAUGCGUGGAUAAAGUGUUAACUGAAAGCCAAAUGAGACAACUGGAGCAAUGGUGGCAACACAUGGAACAAACAGUGCAAAAGAAACAUUGUCAAGUUGUGGCAGAAAUCAAUGAAUUUAACCUGCUUAUGAAUAAAGCACAGGAUAUUCAGAGACUGAUACAAGAACAAUGUUUACAAGCAGAGUUAUAUUCCUCGUCUGAAAGAAAAGCCAAAUGCCCUGUACUUUGGGCCACAGAGCUGCAAGACAUUAAACAUGGUCUUUCUCUAUUAAAAAGAAGGAUUGAAUUGCAGAUGAAAAGAAUUUGGAGUGAUCAAGAGAAGGUAGCUUUGGAGAACUCUAUACAUGAUUUGCAGAGCAAAUUGGAAGCAUUAUCAGCGCAACAAACUCCUCAAGAGGAUGUUCAGAUGACUGGUCCUGCUCUCAUGAAACAUGAAUUGAUGAAAAGGCUGAAAGAAAAUAUUUCAUGGGUCAAAGAUUCACUGUCCUGUCUUGAUCAGAAAGCAGCACUUUUCCCUAGUGAUGUUAAAUCACAGAUCAAAAGUUGUCAGCUUAUGAACACGGAAAUUCUAAACAGAGAGCCUGUGAUUCUGUCACUAGAUUAUGGGCUGCAGCACCUCGUUCCCACCUUGAAGCCAGAGGAGAUCUCUGAUAUGAUCUUCCUUUUACAAACCUUGCAGGAUUCAUACAAGGCUCUUGUUUUAAAAUCAACUCAAAGAUUAGAGCACCUAGAGCUCCAGCUGGAGGAGAGGCAAAGACUUAUUGCAGAAGUAGAAAAAGUUCACUGUCAGCUUCGAAAUGCUGAGAUGCUUGCCAGGCCUGACAUGAACCAGACCAGCACAUGGCCAGAAUUAAUCAAUCAACAAGCCAUUUUAGCAGAGAUUUUAAAGGACAUACAGGAAAUAGAAGAACUUAUCUCAUCCCACUGUAAAGAGAGUCAGGUCACAGCUGGGGAACUGAGCCUGUCUGAACAACUAUUUUUGAUUGAUCAGUUAAGAAGUCUGAAGAAUAGAGCAAGGAAAACACAGAGGCAAAUUCAGAGUAAACUUCAUGAAGUAGAAAAAAAGAUAGCUGUCUACAGAGAGUUUGCUGAAGGAAUAACUUUAUUGCAGCAAGAUCUUAAUGAUCUACAGUAUAGUGAAAUGAAUCUAGAAGAAGGUGAAUUAUUAGGUGCCCGGCAGGAAGUGAAGGAUAAAUGCAAAGCACUUAAAGAGAAAGUAUUAGCUUUUCAGUCUGAUUUGUCACAAAUGAUGAAGUACAAAGAGAUCUUUGGAUGUGUAAGUCUAAAAUGGGACUCACUGCAGCUGGAUGAAUUGCAAACUAAUUUUUUAAAAAUUAAAAAUAAAAUUCAAGAGACGAUAAUAAGCUUUGAUAAUGUUGUUAGGGAAUGUGAUAAGAUUCAAACAUCACUAAGUGAAAUCCAGACUCUGACAUCCACUGUAAAAAAAGAAGCUGACAUCCUAAAUGAUGUCUCUAGCUCUUCUCCUGCCGAGAAUCUCGUAUCUGCGCAGAUUCUGUUUCAGAUAGUUGAACAAAUCUUGUACUUAAUCCAAGAAGUAACAAAUCAAAUAAACAAAAAUGAAGUCUUUGAUACACCAUUCAAAGUUUCUCAGAUGAAAGAAAUAAAGAGCCUGGAGAAAGAUGUUGAGGAGCUGAAUCAGUUUCUUCAAAACUUGGUCUCUAGACUCCAGUGUGUAAACAAGGAAGAUAUCCAGAAUGAAGUAGAACAUAUAUUCCACAUCAUAAAGCAUAUUCAAUUAGAGCUCCAGCAACCACUUCUGAUAGACAUAAAAACAAUGCGGUAUGAAAAGAUGCGAUGGGAAGCAAUUCAGAAUAUGAUGCAAGUAAAGUUUUCUGCUGUUAAAUGUAUAGUGGAAAAAGAGAGGGAAAAACAAGAGGAAAAGUCUCUUGCUGCUGUUAUAGAAACAAAAUUAAAGGCACUGCAAGACCAUGAAAUGCGACUGAAGACAGAUGUUGCUGCCCGUGUUAGUGCUCUGGAGGAGGCAUGUAAGACUGCUGAGCUUUAUACCAAGGCUGUUCAGAGGGCUGCCAGGUUCCUCGAGGACUAUGAAGCUCAAGUCCAGUCUGCUGCAGCAGAUCUCGAUAGCUCAGAGGAGGUCUGUCAGACUGCACAAUGGAAACAAGAAGAGUUCAACUCUUUAAAGGCUGACAUAGAAAACCUCUACUCCAAGCUGAAAAACCUAGUGAAACCAGAAGAGAAAAUACAUCUGGAAAAUACUUUAAUGGAACUAGUCAGUAAGAGUUUAGUAUUAAGGGAUAAGGCUCAAAGAAAGGAAGCGGAUGAACAGAGGUAUUUUGAAAAAUACAAAAGCUACACAAAAACCAAAGAUAAGGUGUGUGAUGAUCUUAACAAACUGAGAAAGUUGCUUAGUCAGUCUUUCUCUCAAAUACCAAUGUCUUACAAAGAAGCUUUGGAGCACUUUGAAGAAAGCAAGAUUUUAGUCUCCAACAUUGACUCGGCUGAAGAUGAUCUUGUGAAGCUGAGACAGGUCUCUGGAGAGCUGAUGAGAUUAUGCAAGCGAAGCGACAAGGCACUGGGCAGGAUUGUAAGAGUGCUGUGGGAAAAUUGGCUGGGUUUGCUUGAGGCAGCUGAGGGUCUGGAAAUUAACUGUGAAGAACUAAAGCAGGAGUGGAAAUUCAUCAAUGAAGAGCUGGAACGAGAAACAAUAAUUCUUGAUAAGCUCCAAGAAGAACAGCCAGAAAGUCUUAAAGAGAAAGAAAAGGCCACCAGAGAAGAACUGGUAGAAUUACUAGAUUUUGUGAACUCGUUUGAGGAAAAUAUCAAGCAGCAACAGCUCCUCUUAUUCUUACUUCUUCACCGAAUAAGAAACAUCCUGAAUACAUCUGAAAAUACUGAGAUGGAAACUGCCUUUCCCGCCUUAUGUGAGAUAAAAGCAAUGCAGGAUCGCUGUAAAAAGUUGUAUGAAAAGACUCAAGACCAUAAGGAUUCUUUACAAGCUGAGAUUCAAGAGAGGAACAAGAUCAUUGAAGAAAUAAGUGCUGUGACAAAUGCAUUACAGAAUGCUGCAUCUGUGUUAUUGCAAGAUGCUACUGAAAAGGCAGGACAACUGCAGGAGGUUCAGAGUGUGAUUGGUAAAGAAAGUCAAACUCUAAAGGAUAUCAUGGAGAAACUCCGGAUCAAGUAUUCUGAAAUGUACGCAAUAGUUCCUGCAGAGAUUGAAAGACAGUUGGAGGACUGCAAGAAAAUAUUGCAAGACCUAGAAGACAAGGUUAGCUUUGAAAUCUUGCAGAGCUCUCCCCAGUAUGUGCUGAAAAGAAAAGCAGAAACUAUUCACAAUGGCCUUCAAGCUAUUGAGAAGAUGUUACAACAGAAGAGUGAAAACAUUUCAAAAGCCAAAGAAGUUCAGAAGCAAAUCUGGGAUAUGCUGGACCUUUGGCAUUACAAACUCAAUGAACUGGAUGCAGAAGUGCAUGAUAUAGUAGAGCGGGAUUCCUGCCAUGCACAGGAGCUGAUGGAUAUCUUAGUAACCCCCCUGCAGCAGUACCAACAGGUCUCACAACUCGCCGAGCACAGAACUGCCAUUUUAAACAAGGCUGCGAACAAGAUGGAAGAAUAUGAUGAACUCUUGAAGAAUAUGAAAGUUUGGAUAGAAAACACCCACUGUUUGCUAAGAGCAGAUGCUCACAAUGACUCUGCAAAAAGCUUACGCAAACAUACUGAUGACCUUCAGAUGGCUUUGGAAGACUCAGAGCAAAAGCAAAAUCUUCUACACAGUGUUUACAUGGAGCUGGAGGAGCUAACACCAGUCUUUGAAACAGACGGUGUAACGCAGCAGCUAAAUGAAAUAGAUGAUCAAGUGGCAACUCUACAGCAUGAGAUAGCAGAGAUUCUUCCACAGAUCCAGCAUGUGGCUGAUGAACUGGGUGCCAUUGAAUCUCAUGUGAAAGUGUUUGAGAAGGAUAUUGCCAAAAUGAAGACAAUCCUGUCAUCAGAGGAUCUGUUAGAAUUUUCUCCUAAAGACCAACUUAAACAUGGACAGGUUAUACUUGACCAUAUUGGUCCCAUGCAGAAGACCGUUGUUCAUAUACAGUCCUAUGAAGAAGUGCUUCAGCUCCCAGGGGUGAAAACGCAACCCUUCUCAGUCUUCCAAAGAGCAAGACAACUCCUGAGAGAAUUGAAGAAAUUAGAAAAAAUUACUAAGGAACAAAAUGACCUACUGGAGGAAGCUGUAAAGAAAACAGAAGAAUGUGAACAAGAAAUUGAAAAGUUGAAACAAUUCUUAAAGAACCACUUGGUUGAAAUAUCACAUGAAGAUCAACCACUGGCUCAGAAGACUUGUCCAGAGGGAGAAAUGGAAGCUGUGAAAGAAGAAAUCAUAAAGUUGUGCCAAAGAAAGGAAGAUGUCCUUACCAGGAUGAAGAAUUCAAUGUCUGAGCUUCACCAGCGAUUACAGCAAGAAGUGCCUGAAUCAGGAGAUGAACCCACAGCCUUUGUAUUAGCACAAAGUGACUUGAUUGGGACUGACAUUUCUGGUCAGCAGUUGAAAAAAAGAGGAAUGGUGUCUCUUCUACCUUCCUUAGAUGAAGAAUCGGAAGACUGUUCUUUCCAUAGGAAGGGAAGUACAGCCACAGAGAAAGAUGCAAGCUUUUGGCCUUCAGAAAGAGGUGAUGAAAGGCAUAAGGAAGACAGUGCAACCUCCUGGUCUUCUGGUACCUUGUCGGAUGGCAUUGUUCAGGAUGCUAAUGAGAUAAUGGAAUCACACAGUAAACAUGGUGAGGAAACAUCUAUGCAAACUUUGCAGAGCACUGAAGGCCCUGGCACAGGUGAUGACAGUCCAGCUAUGGUGCCAUCUUCAGAGACUGAACAAAGUGUCCUUUCUUCACUGGAAUACUGUGGAGAUAGUGCAAACUACCAACAAGAGACAGAGGCUCUUUCCUUGAAGCUGAAGGAAGUGAAAUGCAAUUUGGAAACAGUCCAGAUGAUGCUUCAAGACAAACACAAUGAAGAGCAGGAUCACAACAGGAAAAUGACUGACCUGGAGCCCCUUGAGAUCCUAAACUCAAACGGCUCCAGCACGCCCCAGCUUGCCCUUGAUGAACAGCCACUCAAUCAGCACAACAGUUUCCAGCACCCACAG